AUGUAUCCCGGGUUUCUUUUUCUACUCCUCGCGGUACUUGCCGUUUGUACAGGAGCGAUUGGUUCAGCACCAAGAUGCAAAUGCAUUCCCGGUCAAUCCUGCUGGCCCUCUUCUGCAGAAUGGAAAGCCUUCAACAAAAAGAUCGGCGGUGGUCUUAUCAAGACUGAGCCAAUCGCGCAGUCAUGCUACCCCGGUCCGGAGAAGGAUCUGAAGCACUGCGCUUACGUGAACAAAAUGUGGUCGGAUCAAGAUUUCCAGUCAUCGAAUCCUAUCGGGAGACCUUAUCCAUACAACAUCACCUGUGCGCCGGUGGAUUACGCUACAGGUAAAAAGCCUACGACUUGCAGUCUUGGAUCUUUGCCUGUUUACGCUGUUAAUGCUACUACACUGUCACAAAUCCGAAGUACGAUUGCUUAUGCGCGUGAGAGGAAUAUCAGGCUUGUUGUUACCGGAACAGGCCAUGAUCUCCUCGGUCGCUCCGAUGGGUUUGGUGGUCUUGAGCUUUGGCUUCAUCAGUUCAAGAAUGGUAUUGAUUUUCAGAAGAUUUACAAAUCUGAAAACCAGUGCAACAAGUCUAGAUGGAGGGGCAGUGCUAUCAAGAUUGAUGGUAAUUACCAAUGGCGCGAUGUUUACAAGGUUGCUGAAGCGAAUAAUGUCAUCGCAGUUGGUGGUGGCUCUCUUACGCCGGGAGCGAUUGGCGGGUGGGCUUCUGGCGGUGGCCAUGGACCUGCGACGAGGAACUACGGUCUUGGCGCUGAUCAGAUUCUUGAGGCAGAAGUGAUGCUGGCUGAUGGAAGAGUCGUCAUCGCCAAUCACUGCGAGAACACGGAUCUCUUCCGCUCCAUGCGCGGUGGCGGUCCAGGCUAUGGUAUCACUUUGAGCAGCACCAUCAAAGCUCAUCCGAACGUCAAGACAGUCACAGCUCAUCAUCUCCAGAUCACACCGCUGGAGAAGACAAAGAAAAAUGCAGAUCUCCUUGACGCUGUGUCUGUUCUGCUGCAGUCGCUUCCUGAUCUCAACGACGCUGGCUUUGCUGGCUACGGUUACUGGUUCCGAAACUACCCGACUGCCUUUAUUGGAAACGCUACAUCUGGUUACUCACACGGCUUUUGGACAAUCGGUAAGUGCCGUGAAGAGGCCGAGGCUGCCUGGGCUCCCAUGGGAAAGGUCUUGUCGAAGUUUGAAGAUAAGCUCUACAUUAACGAGAGCUGGGCUACAUACGACAAUUACUGGUCAUUUUACCACGCCGAGUCAGGGCUUUAUGAUCCCACGGGUGACACUUCAGUUCUCACUUCGCGAUUAAUCGACCGUCAGAGCGUCAAGAGUUUCGGCAAAGUUCGAAACGCCGUCGAAGUCAUGAGCGGCAAGCCUCAUGAGUUCGGCACAAGCGUUAUUCUUCUCACGUCUGGAGGCCAAGUCUUCAAGGACGCUUCAGACAAGACAAGUGGCCUGCUCCCCGCGUGGCGAAAAUCACACUACGUUCUCGUCUCGAGCACGGGUAUUUCUCGUACCGGAAACAUGACUGAGCGCAAAGCAGCGAAUGACGACGUCACGUUUGUCAAAGGUGCCGCGGCGAAGAAGUUGGCUCCUAAUACUGGUGGUUACAUGAAUGAGGGUGAUCGCAAUGAUCCUGAUUGGAAGAAGACGUUCUAUGGAAGUUUGUAUGGUGAGCACCUUAAGACGAAGAGGAAGUAUGAUCCUUGUCAUGUUUUCUACUGUCCUACUUGUGUUGGCUCUGAGGAGUGGGUGGAGAGAUCUGAUGGGCCUUUAUGUAGAGUUGCGUAG